AACGAAACAAUAUUAGGUACUAAUAAUUCGACGUGUCUCGAUUUGACUCGCACAAAAAUGAGAAAACAACUAGUUUCGCAUUAUGUGGAUGAUUUUUGUUUUGUUUGCGUCGCAAUAUCAUUUUGAUUCAAAGGCAAGAGAUAUUUGCUAUAUUUGACAAGUAACACCAUCCUAUCAGUCAGAUUAGUUAGUCAAACUCAAAGAUGCAUCCAAUAAAGUAAGACACUGCAUUAGAAACAUUUAAUCUACCGUAAAUUCACGCAUUUCGUCGAUAUGUUCUCGUCCUGGCGUAUUGCUAUAAAAGAGCAGAAUUUAAGACAAUACUUUUAUUUCUAGAUACCAGAUGAGAAAAAUGGACUCGCGGGUAAACACAACGUUUCCGAUGAUGGAAAAUCUUCAACCACUGGACUUCACGGCGUCCCCAACUUACGAGGGACAAGAACUAAAGCGAGAAACGGAAGCUGAAGCCGAACCACCAGUUUUGGAUCUCUCCUGCAAACGUUACUCAUCUCAAGGUACCGUGGACUAUUCGGAGAGAAUCGCGGCGCACCCUUCAACGGAUGAAAAUGUGAACCCUGAUCACUACAUCGAUACCGAGAGAAAAAGCCCGUUUGAAGGCCGCUCUUAUAUGGUUACACCACCCUCAGAAGGCGAUUCUCCAAGAAAAACUAAAUACGAACCGAUUUACAAUCAGAUCAACUCUACCACCAGUGAUUUAUCAAUGCCCGUCUACCCCGUCGUACCUUUACGCAUGACUGCUACAUUAACUGCGUCUCCAAACCAAGUUUCAACAGGAUUAGCUGGCCUGGUUGGCCAGAGCCAUCAGAUUCUGCAAAACCAACCAGCUGGAGUUCAAAUGCAGACACCUGAUCACCACAGAAUUGGGAUAGUCAGUACCCCGACUCAAUCACCAGAAAUGGCUAAAAAAGUUCCAAGGCCAUUUAAAGCAUAUCCUAAGGAUCCUUUGUCUCUAACUAUGGGAACGACUGAGCUGAUCUGUGAUCAAACGUCAAAUGAAGCCUAUUCAGAGUUCAGAAAGAGAAUGCUCGAGUCAGUGAAAAAGACAAACGAAGGAACCAACAUCAAGAUGAGAAGAACCACAAAGAGCCCUGGUCUCCCCACUAGCACUAUGGAUGAGAAGGAUGCUGCCUACUGGGAGAGAAGGCGGAAAAACAAUGAAGCAGCUAAAAGGUCCAGGGAUGCCAGACGGGCCAAAGAAGAUGAAAUUGCUAUCAGAGCAGCUUUUCUUGAGCAGGAAAAUAUCAAGUUAAAGUAUGAAUUGGUUGCAUUAAGGAAUGAAACUGCAAAACUUAGAUGCAUGGUAUAUUCAAACUGAGAUGAAAAUUCUGAUGAAAUACGCCAGAUAUCAUCUUACUUUGGGUCCAUGGAAUUCUGGCUGGAUGAGAGGUUUGAAAGUUGAAUUGGAUAUGUGAUACUUGCGAGAUAUAUGCGCACAAAUGGUGCAGACUUUGACGGUUUAUGUAUUGAUAGCCAGUUGCGUUUGGUUACGGUAAUGUUGUUCCUAAUUAAGUUCUAAAAAUGCGAGCGUUAAAAUCAAACAGAAAUAAUAUUUUGCCAAUGUUUAUCAGUUGGAGAUGGCCUACCAACUCAUGACUUGGCAUAGUCAAUAGAAUAUUAAGUAUAAUUUUAAGAAAAGUUACGAUGUACAUAUUAAUUUUAGAUGCAGGAUAGAAGGUAUUGCUAGAAUGGCAUACGGUAGUUCAGUUGUAAAU